GAUUCAUUGGACGCAGCAGUGACAACCGCGCUGUAUACAGCAUCACACGUUCCAGCCGAGGUGAUUGAGCUCGCUUGGUAAUCUCGUUGAGAUUUCCUCGAUUGGCGUUAUCGGCGUUUUCGUGACUGAAUCGUGCAGUCUCGAUCCCGUAGACUGGAAGGGAACGAACGUGCCGUGGACUACGUGAAACAAGCUUCGCGCGGCGUGGAAGAGCACACAAUAUCCGGAAGAGUGACCGGGUGCGGGCCUGAUCGGCAAACACAUCGACCGCGGCCGUCGGAGGCACACAUGCUGAAGAGCCGAGGAACGACUUACCGCGUAAACGAGCUUCCAUUAUCAUGAGGCCUUGGACCAGCAAAUCCCUCGGCCUUGGCUUUCUCGGCGUGUUGCUGAUCGUUUCCGGCACCACUCUCUAUUUAUCUUGGCCAGCUAUAUUCCAUUAUAUUCUCCAAAAGGAAAUACCGUUGACGCCGACGUCGAAAGCGUUCGAAGUAUGGAACGACACGAGCAGCUUGCCUCCCAUGUAUUUCAAAAUCUACUUCUUCAACUGGACCAAUCCGCAACAGCUGAGGGCGCCCGGGAAGAAGCCGAACCUCGAGCAAGUCGGCCCAUACGUAUUCCGAGAGAUCAGGCAAAAGGCGAACGUGGUGUUCCACCCUGAGAAUCACACGGUGAGCUACUUCAACCGACGAUGGUGGUACUUCAAGCCGGAGCUUAGCAACGGAUCCCUCACCGAUCGCAUCACGCAACUGAACGCCGUCGCGAUCUCGGCGAAACACAAGGUGAGAUACUGGGACGGAGCGUUUCAAACAACUCUGUCGCUGAUGCUGUCGGCGUCGGAAGUGCAUACCACGAAGACGGUGGAUCAGCUGUUGUUCAGGGGUUACGAAGACGCGCUGAUCGAGCUGGGUAGAAUGGCGGCGGAACUAGGAGAGGACGUGCCACCCUUCGACAAGUUCGGAUGGUUCUACAUGAGGAACGGGUCCACGAUGUUCGAUGGCCACUUAAACAUGGACACAGGUGCACUGAACAUUGGCGACUUUGGUACCCUGAGGAAAUGGAACGACAAGGACACCACCAGGUUCUUCAAAAGUCCGUGCAACGUAGUGGAAGGAAGCGCGGGAGAGUUCUGGCCGCCGUAUCGACAGAAAGACGAGAUUCUCUUGUUCUCCGGUGAUAUCUGCAGGCCAUUAACGUUCGAGUACUCGCACACGGUCGAUCACAUGGGCCUAGAGGGCUAUCGGUACGAUCUCAGCGAGAAGACGUUGGGAAACAACACGAAACGGCGCUACCCUCACGAUCAAGCAAAGUAUUUCGAACCGACCACCACCACCGAGGACUUCUUCGAAGCUGAACACUCGGCAGAAGUGACGAACGCUCCCGGAGAGGAUCCGGACGUGGUAAACAUAGGGAACUGCUUUUGCAACGGGAAAUGCACCCCCGCCGGUCUGAUGAAUGUGAGCGCCUGCCGCUACGGCGCCCCUGUGUUCGUCAGUCUGCCUCAUUUCAACAGAGCCGACCCUACCCUCCGAGAACACGUUACCGGCCUUAAUCCCGACGAGGAACAUGAUUUCUUCAUCACGCUCGAGCCGACGACCGGCAUUCCAUUGAAAGUGUCCGCUAAGUUGCAGAUCAACAUGCUGCUAGAACCGUCAAAGACUGUGUCGCUUUUCAGAUCCGUACCGAACGUUUACUUCCCAGUGAUGUGGUUCGCGUUGGAAGUCGACGCACCUGACGAAUUUGUCGACGGGCUGAAGAAACUUCUGUCCCUGCCGAACGUAAUCGUGUACGCUAGCGUGGUCAUGAUCCUUGCGGGGUCGCUCAUGGUCCUCACGGUUGCUGUGUUGUACCUCUUGAACAAACAACGCGCAAACUCUAUGACUACUGACAAGAAUGUCAAGCAAGAGAUAUUGGCUCCCGCGGACAAAUCAGAACUGAUUUACUUGGAUAAAAGCAACGGUGGCGACGAUAUGCACGUUAGAAACGAUCGUAAAUUAUAUCCUAACUCGACUGAAUCCAUCAACGCGGAUCUACAGUCAAAGCUUGAGGAUCAAAAAUAGAGGAGAAGAAACAGAGUGUCUAUCAAUGAAUCUAGUCGAUCGAGCGUGUUCGACGGAUAGCGUCGAUGCGGUUAACGAUCGGAGGUUUCUCCUUUUACGAUAAGAUGUCCAAGUAUUUGAAUGCGAUGUCGGUGAAAACCGGAUCCGAACAUUUCUGGAUUUCAGGCAAAAUCCAUCGAAUUCCUACGAGAUGGUUUAUCUGUAAAAAAACAAUACAGAUAUCCUAGGACGUUUUACGGGUGACGUUUCGAGUCCACGAGCCACUGAUACAAUUUCUUAUCAUUUUCAGCUAAGGAACCUUGUGUUUUUGUAUUGUCUGACGUCCUCUAGAACCAAAGCGAAGCGCAUAUAACCAAGGUUCGUACCUUGGUUUAGUUGUAAAAAAAAAAAAAAAAAAAAAAAAAGAAAAAGAUGUCGGCUAGAUCGAUACAUUCCCCAUCUUUGUGUCAUUCAAUUAAAGUCAAACGUAAGACUGAUGAAAGCGAAAAAGUCACGAUGCUUAAAAUUAACGUUGGUGCAAUUUCAAUCGAACACCGAUCGAUAUGUUUCUGCUCGGUUUUCGCAAUAAGCGUGAUUUGACGUGUGGAUGGGACCAAGGAAUUACCGAAUCCUAGACAUCAGUUAUUGCUCAUGAAUAUAUAAGUAAAGAAAAACGGAGACAACGAGUCAAUAAAUGGCACACUUGUGACGAAAGUGACACAACUUGGGAAAGUGUAUUUCCAGAAAAAGUGAGAAACAGUUUCUGCAACAAUUGCAGAUUCUUUCGUGCAAUUCGAAAAGUCACAACAAGAAAUAUUCACGAGUCAAUCAUAAAAAUAUAAAUCACUUUUCAUUCAAAAUAAAACUUUAAUCGCGCAAAUAUUAAUAAUUUUUUAUUGAAACCAUCAAUUUCAUCGGUGUAAUAUUAUUACGAUAUUAUGAAUCAAACUACUCCACUGACUGAAAGUUUUGAUAAGAAAGAUAUGCCUAUAAAAAAAAAAGCAUAAUUGACACUAAAUUUACAGAAUACAACGUAUUAUACGAAUCAAGAUGAACGACAUAAUACAACUUUGCCUGCCAUGUUACAAAGAUAAAGUUGGACUUUUUUUAAAAAUCUCUGCAAACAUUCUCAAAGUCCAUCGUCUUUCGAGUUAUGUCACCCUCGUCACAAGUGUAUGAUAUGUAAUAGGUGCCAAACUUUCGCGCGGUUACGUCGUCGAUUAGCGUACGACAAAUAAUCAUUUUAUCGCCAAUAUCAAUGUUCCUGCUGUUCGAAAAGCCAUUUCAGUGCCAAAAACUCGACGGGAAAGCUGUUAAGUUUUUUACUCGUUUAUUACUUGUCUUUAAGAUUGCCACGAGCGUCAACGAUUUAUAAACAUAUAUGAUCAGUAUAUGAUCAGACGUGAUAGAUAGAUGCGAGGCUUAAAUUAACACGUUCCGGUCAAAUGCAAUUAUCGUGUAGUUGUAAUUCCAUUCAGUAAUUAUUAUAAACACACGGUAAAAGCUUCUAAUCGUUUCAGAUUUUGUAUGGUAUUUUAAUAAAAACUCUCAACUGUU